AGUAAGAUUAUGGCGGCAGCAGCACCUGAUGAUUUCAAUAAACCAGAAUGCAGCAGCUCUGACUUUGAGGACUUCUCUGAGCUGAGGGUUGUUCUGCUGGGGAACAACUGGUCUAAGAGGAGUUCAGUGGGAAACUCCAUACUGGGGGUGACUGUGUUCAACACAGAGGAAAAAGCAGACCUCUGUCUGAGAGUUAAAAGAGAACUGAAGGGGAAAGAAAUUGAUCUCAUCAACACUCCAGAUCUGCUGUCACCUAAAAUCUCCCCAGAAGAGCUGAAGAAACAAGCUGAAAAUUGUGUGAGGCUCUCUGCUCCUGGACCUCACGUGUUCCUGCUGGUCAUCCAGCCUGCAGACUUCACCGAGGAUCAGAAAAACAAGCUACAAAUAGUCCUUGAAUUCUUUGGUGACCCAAAAUCUGAUCAUUCUCUGGUACUGAUCACACCCAAAGACAAGAGUUCAAGUUCAAUUGAUAAGUACCUGCAACACCCACAGUUAGGAGACAUAAUCAAAAAAUGUAGUGAAAAAUUGUUGUGGCAGAAGAAUCUGGAACAAGAGCAGCUGUUGGCAGCCAUAGGUGCAGUGGUGAAGAAGAACAAGGGAGAACAUGUGAGCUGUAAUGUUUUCAGUGAAGAAACAUCUGCCAAACCCUUGAAUCUGAAAUCCAAUGUCAACCUGGUUCUGUGUGGGAGGAGAGGAGCAGGGAAGACCUCAGCAGUCAAGGCCAUUUUAGGUCAGACUGAGCUUCAUUCAGUCUUCUACUCAGAGUGUGUUAAACAUCAGAGAGAGGUGUGUGGACGCUGGGUUUCCCUGGUGGAGCUGCCUGCCUUGUAUGGAAGACCUGAGGAGACAGUGAUGGAGGAAUCACUCAGGUGUAUCUCCCUCUGUGAUCCUGAGGGUGUCCAUGCCUUCAUCCUGGUCCUUCCUGUGGCUCCUCCCACUGAUGAAGACAAGGAAGAGUUAGAGACCAUCCAGAACACAUUCAGCUCUCGAGUCAAUGCCUUCACCAUGAUUCUGUUCACCGUGGAGUCAGAUCCUACAGAUCCAGCUGUUGUUAAACUUCUUAAUGAAAACAAAGACAUCCAGGAGCUCCGUGGGAGCUGUGGAGGAAGAUCUGUUAUUCUCAACAUCAAGAACAAACAGCAGAUCCCAGAGAUGUUUGAGGUUCUGGACAAAAUUAUCCAGCCCAUGGGCAAACCAAACUGUUAUACAACUACAACAUUUUUACAUGCACAAAUGGAGAAAGUCUUACAACUUGUCAGUGGUGAUCAAGAUGGAGACCAGGGCUCAGACUGUCUCAGGAUUGUGCUCAUUGGGAAGACUGGCUGUGGAAAGAGCUCUACAGGAAACACCAUUAUAGGAAGACACGAGUUUAAAGCAGAAUCCAGUCAAAUGUCGGUCACUAAACGUUGUCAGAAAGCACACGGUGAGGUGGACGGUCGUCGUGUUGCUGUGGUCGACACCCCUGGUCUGUUUGACACCACCUUGUCCCAUGAUGAAGUCCAUGAAGAGUUGGUGAAAUGCGUCAGUCUUCUGGCUCCAGGACCACAUGUCUUCCUGUUAGUGAUGAAUAUUGGCAGGUUAACAGCAGAGGAGAAGGAAACACUGAAGCUCAUUAAAAAAUUCUUUGGGAAGAAUUCUGAAAAGUUCACCAUCAUCCUGUUAACAGGAGGAGAUACCCUGGAGUAUGACAAAGUCUCCAUAGAAGACUACAUCAAGAAAAAAUGUGAUGCUUCCUUUAUGAGACUGAUCACUGACUGUGGAGAUAGGUACCACGUGUUCAACAACCGUGACAGACAAAACCACAAACAGGUCAGUGAGCUGAUAACAAAGAUCGAUGCCAUGGUGAAGGAAAAUGGAGGCUGCUGCUUCACCAAUAAGAUGCUGCAAGAGGCUGAAACUGCGAUAAGGAAGGAGAUGCAGAGGAUUCUAAAGGAGAAGGAAGAAGAGAUUGAGGAACAAAAGGCAGAAUUUGAAAGAAAACAUAAGGAAGAAAUGGAAGCCAUGAAGAAACGAAUGGAUGAAGAGAGAGAAAAGGAGAGGAUACAGAGAGAAAAAGAACUCGACAAAAUGAGAGAUAAAAUUAGGGAAGAAGAAGAGGAAAGAAAGAAAGAACAGGAAAUCAGGGAAAAGGAGAAAAGGGAAAAGGAAACUGAAGAAGAAAGUCGUCGACAAGAAUUCAAAAGAGAACUUGAAAUGUUGGACAGACAAAUUCAGGAAGAAAAAGAGGCAAAGGAAAGUGUUGACAGAGAGCUGGAAGAGACCAGAGAAGAGAUGAGGAGAAAACAAGAGGAGUGGGAGAAGGAACAGAGAGAAUGGUGGGAGAAACAAAGACGAAAAGAGAUACUAAAGGACCAAAAGAAAAACACAAACAAAGGAGACGAGAAGGUAAACAAAUACACCAAAUCAGAGAUCAAGUUCAGGAGGAUUCUGACAGCUGUAGUGAGAACGAGUAUUCUGUGUGGAUUGCCCGUCAAAGUCAGACUACCAGCCUCAAUCCGCAUGCCCCAGUCUUUCAGUCCAGAUCAAGCCAACCUGCAGAAGAAACCCAAACUAGGAGACUUGUAG